ACUUGGAUUUUUACCGGUAUAUCAACGUGGUUUUUUUUGUAACGAUGAAAGUUUGCAGUACCCAUACAAGGACAGUACUGUGUCUUCUUUGAUGUUAUAUUCAAUAUCACUUGGUUUACCUAUCUUAAUUAUUCUCAUAUCUGAAGCUAUUGUAUACUGCCGUAGGAAAAGAUACCAACUAGAGUAUUUAUCACAGAAUAGCUUCAACAGGUGUUGCUGUGAUGUCCGAAUCAAUCCCUAUUUCUUCCAAACUUCUAAGGCUAUUACUAUGUUUUUAUUUGGGGCUGUAAUCACUAUAAAUAUUACAGAUAUGGCUAAGAACAUGAUAGGUAGAUUGAGACCACAUUUUAUGGAUGUUUGUCAACCGGAUUUCAGUGUCAUCAAUUGUUCUGGUGGUUAUAUUACUGAGUUUACAUGUCUUUUUGAUAAUGACGAUGAUUAUCCAUUGCAAGAUGCAAGACGUUCAUUUCCAUCUGGUCAUUCCUCAGUAUCUGCAUAUUGUAUGGUUUAUUUGCUGUUGUAUCUAGAAAGUAGAAUGAAGUGGAAGAGAGUUCGUUUAUUGAAACCAACACUACAAUUCAUAGCUAUUUUGUUAGCUCUUUUCUGCUGUAUGAGUAGAAUAUCUGACUAUAAACAUCACUCGAGUGACGUCUUUGUUGGAUUUAUACUUGGAACCACAGUUGCAGUAUUCAUGGCUUUGGUUGUGGCCAACAUGUUCAAGAAAGAAGAAGUUAAUGAAAAAACAGACACUAUUAACAGUGAAAUCCUUUUUAUGGAAAUGAAUCCUCGUAGUCGUGCUAAUUUUAAACAGACUAUCAGUAGCAGUUUUAUUUAA